GGAUGACACCGAAGCCUUGAGAAGGUGCAGGAGGGGACUUGGAUACCGAGUUGUUUUUGUUGUGUCCCGCGCCGACCCUGAUAACGCCCCGUGCUGGGCUCCACGGGCCGGAGGCCCGCCAGUCACAGCAGCGUCGUCACCGAGGUAGCGCGCCGGAGCGCCCAGACACACAGCCAGCCAUGCCCGCCGGGGAGAAGCUGCAGUACCUCAGCGGCUUCGGCAACGAGUUCAGCUCGGAGGACCCGCGGUGCCCAGGAGCCCUGCCCGUCGGCCAGAACAGCCCCCAGAAAUGUCCGUACGGGCUUUACGCCGAACAACUUUCCGGCACGGCAUUCACGGCUCCGCGCCGGGAGAAUCGCCGCACCUGGCUCUACCGGAUCCGUCCUUCGGUGGUUCAUGAGCCCUUCAUCCCCGUCCAGACUGGCCCGUACGAGCACUUCAACGGCGUCGACUGGAACGCGCAGCCACCGAACCCCAACCAGAUGCGCUGGCUCCCCUUCGACGUGCCCACCGCGCGCACGGACUGGGUGCAGGGCCUGCGCACGGUCUGCGGCGCCGGGGACGUCCGCUCCAGGCACGGCAUGGCCGUGCACGUGUACGUCUGCAACGCCGGCAUGACGGACAAGUGCUUCUACAACGCCGACGGAGACCUUCUCAUUGGUAACUGCAUGAGCGAGUUCAUGGGCCUCAUCCUGGGCCGCUAUGAGGCCAAGGAGGAGGGCUUUAUGCCGGGUGGAGCCACGCUGCACUCCAUGAUGACACCCCACGGUCCGGAUGCCCAGUGCUUCGACGUCAACACCAAGGCCCUUCUAAAGCCCGAGAGAGUUGCUGAGGGCACGCAGGCUUUCAUGUUCGAGUCAUCUCUCAGUCUAGCAGUUACGAAGUGGGGAGAAGAGACUUGUCAAAAACUGGAUGCUAAUUAUCACAAAUGUUGGAAGUCUCUUCGGAAACAUUUUGAUCCAUCGAAGCCUUGAUCUUCCGGGCAUAUGAUGGGCAAUUCCAGAUCGUACAAAGUGCACAACAAUCUUUUUAUUUUGGCUGAAACAUUGCAGCUAUACGUCAAAAUGACGUGUCCAUGGAUUCGUCAGACUUUCUUCUAUCGAAAAUCGAUUAAAAAAAACAUCAAAAAACAAAUCAAAACUGCAACACUUUAAAUUGUGUGGUUGGAGCGAAAUCGAGUUCCGUUUCGUGUCCGUACGGCACGAUACUGUUUUAUUCAAAUUGUAGCCGACUGGCCAAUCCAGGAGGCACAGAAAGGGUAUUAGAGUAGCGCAUCCAUUAAUGAGUCCAAACGAUUUGUAGCACCUACCUACAACACGCACAGGUGUGUGUUUUGGUGCCAUGAAGUGCGGACACCCUAUCUGGAAUUGCCCGAAUCUCAAAUGGGGGAUUAAAACGGUGGAUUUUAGGAAAUACAUUGGAACUCGACUUCUCAGGCGAAUGAUGACAUAGUAAUGGGAAUAAAAAAAUAUGUAUGCAGUUAAAUUAAAACAGAAAUUUAAUAAUAAA